CAUAAAAGAACAUAAACAUUAAGUGAUUCAUCGCUUAGUUAAGCAACAAUUAAAGUAAACUAAAUAACACAUGAUUGGCAUUCAGCAAUAACAGUAGCUGGGCCCACGCGUUGCACCCAAUUAUGUCGGCCGAUUCGAUCAAGGAGCCACCACCAGCAUCUACACCAGCACCUGCAGCGGAAUGUGCACAUUUGUUGGAAUUCAAGCAGUUUCUGGCCUCGACAGCCGCCAAAGCGACCGCCGUUAGUGAGGAUCUGACACGAUCUUGUGUAACGCGCACCAGCAAUGACACCUACAAGGUGUCGGUGGAGGAGCGACACGCUGAGCUGGUGGCCGCCAUUUGGCAGCAGCUGAAUAACAGAGGCUGUCCGGCAGGCUUCCGCCUGAAGCUCCUCCACCAGGCCACACAGCUGUUGGAGCAGGAGAUAUGCUACGCCAAGGAGUGCGAGGUCUCUGGCGAAGGUCCCCCGCAAUAUGAUCUGCUGAAGCUGCAGAAGUUUGUUGGCAAUCAAAUGGACAAGCUGCUCAUAAAGUUAACAGACAAUUCGGAGAUGGAGCGACUGAAGGACUACGCCGACGAGGGUGUCAUCUGCCAGAAUCCCGAGCAUUGCGUGUGCGGACUGGCCCAAGCGGCGCUGCACACAUCUGCGGCCGUCAAGAACAAGCCACGCAAAAUGGAGGAUCGUCACGUGUGCUUGGAUCGUUUUGGUGCCAUCUUUGAGCUGCCCAACAGGGAUUGUCGUUUCUUUGGUGUUUUUGACGGACACUCUGGUUCCUUAUCCGCCAGUUAUGUCACAAGUCAGCUGCCCCAGCUCCUGGCCAAUCAGCUAAAGCGAACAGAGGACCUAGAAGCAGCGCACAGCAGCUCUGACUUUUAUCGCAAUGCCUUUGAGACGGCAUUCCUGCAGGCAGACGAACGCUUUAUCCAAAAACGCAUCACCAGCGGCACCACCAGCGUCUGUGCGCUGAUCAACCGAGAUCAACUGUACAUAGCCUGGGUGGGCGACUCGAAAGCUCUGCUAGUGGGCAAACGCACACAGCUGCAGCUGGUCAAACCGCACAAACCUGAGUCGCCAGAUGAGCGCAAACGCAUAGAGGCGGCCGGCGGUACUGUACUGCAUGCCCAGGGUCAGUGGCGUGUGAACGGCAUUCUUAAUGUGGCGCGUUCCAUUGGUGACUACUGCCUGGAGGCGGUCAUAGCGGAGCCAGAUUUCGUUGAUGUCCAUCUAAAUGAAGCGCAUGACUUUCUCGUGCUGGGCACCGAUGGCCUGUGGGAUCAUGUGCCAGAGUCUUUCGUCAUUGACACUGUUUAUGAGCGUCUGGCGGAUACGACAACGAAACUCGAUGACAUUCCGAAGCUACUGAUAGAGGCGGCCAAGGAUGGAGACUCGCAGGAUAACAUAACCGCGGUGAUAGUUUUGCUCAAGCCGCGUCAUCAGAUUGAAAGGUAGAGAAUUGUCCGUGGAGAUGUUUUUUUUUUGUAUCUAUAAUUGUUAGCCGCAUUGUUGAUUCGUUGAUUUUAAUUAUUUUCUUUGUUUAAAUGUAAAUAAUUAACUCGAUAUCCUCCGCCAGUUUGGAACGUUCAAAGAGAGAGCAUUUGAAUCAUUUUGUAUCACUUUUGUAACCAAAGCUCUCUCCCAAACGAAUCCAUAGUCGGUGGAGGGGCACACAAAACACCCUUUAAUUGUCACAUUCUCACGUGCCUGAUCCUUAAGGAUCACUUGGUUGCUCGAAUAAGCUCAAUCAAAAUACGUUUUAAUGGAAAGUUUUCUGGCUUUAUGCAACUCGUUGUUAACAGACAAACACAAUACAAUACAAUACAAAAUAAUAUACAAAAGUGCACACUUAUAGCAUAUUUUUAGUAUAGAAUGCCACGCCUCUAUUUAUAUAUAUACACACAAACAUUUGAAGUUGUUUUUCGGCCGCUUAAGUGCUUCCGUUGUAAUUGUAUUAGAAAAGCAAUGUCAAGUACACAAUUAUUAUAGCUGUAGUUCCCACAUAUACACCUAA